AUGGAAGGGCAAGAACGAGAAAAUCAGACGUACGUCACUCAGUUCAUUCUCUUGGGAUUCCGGGAUCUAAAGAAUCUACAGAUUCUGCUUUUUCUUGGAUUUCUUGUUAUUUAUAUUGCAACAAUAGUGGGGAAUCUUCUCAUUCUUGUACUUGUGGUGGUUGAUCAGCAUCUUCACACACCAAUGUACUUCUUUCUUGGUAACCUUGCUUGUUUGGAGGUCUGCUACAGUUCAGCUUUGAACCCUCUCUUGUUGAGCACACUCUUGUCAAAUGGAAAGGCCAUCACAUUCAGCAGUUGUUUCUUGCAAUUAUAUUUGUUUGGUUAUUGUUUGGGGGCAGAAUGCUACUUGCUGUCUGUGAUGUCCUAUGACAGAUAUUUAGCCGUAUGUAAGCCACUACACUAUACAACAAUUAUGAACACUAGAAAGUGUAUCCAGUUAGCAGCUAUUUCUUGGACAAAUGGCUUCAUAGGUAUUUCCAUCAUAAUGGUUGUAAUGCUGCAGUUAACAUACUGUGGACCCAAUGAAAUUGAUCAUUAUUUCUGUGAUACUGUUCCACUUAAAAAACUUUCCUGUAGUAACACAGAUGUGGUAGAACAUGUUAACUUAAUCUUGCUAUUUAUUUACACAAUGCCUCCAUUUCUAGUAACUCUAGCAUCCUAUGUAUAUAUCUUAAGGACUAUCCUAAGAAUCCCUUCCUUGAUUGGACAACAGAAGGCUUUCUCCACAUGUUCUUCUCAUCUCAGUGUGGUUUCAAUUUAUUAUGGGUCUGUAAUAAUUGUGUAUCUUUUACCACCCUCCUCUUCUAUGAACAAGAUUUUUUCUCUUUUGUAUACAAUCCUCCCACCCCUAGCUAAUCCUCUCAUAUAUAGUCUCAGAAACAAGGAGGUGAAGAGAGCCUUGAAAAAGUGGCUAAUCAAGUUCAGAAUAUUUCAGAAUGUGCAGGCUAACUCUUUUGGGUAA